AUGGGUUUAAAGCAAACGCUCAAGCGUCUGGCGUCAGUCCGCGGUGGACACCGGAAAACGGCUUCAGACCACGACAUGGACGGGGAGACUCUGGUUAUAGACAGCAUAGAGCAGCCCAUUGUUGAGGACGAACCUACAUCAUUCCAUGGUUCCGAAGAGCCACAGAGGGAUGUGUUCGAUCCCGACACCGAACGUCCGCGGCCUAUCAAGCCAACCGGAAAGCGCAAGCCAUCCAAUGCCGCGCAACUCAGACAGAGUCGGCAGAAGAGGCGGGAGAAGGACCAGGAGCCCUCGCCGACCGACUACUUGUAUUUCGGCGAGGGAGUUCGCUCGCCCACAAGAGCUGCCUCGACCACGCACAAGGGCGACACCCGGAGUUCCGGGGCAAACUCUAACCCAGCGGUGCCAAGUAUUGUCGUUACUGGGACGGACAGCAGCGGCUUUCUCAAUAGCGGCAUGACUAGCAACAACCAGCAGAUGGGUUACCAGAACUUGACACAUGGCGGGUCACUUCAGUAUGAUUACGCUGGCGUACAAGCGCCGAACACAGGGGUGCCUUGA